UAUGAGAGAACUGUCAAUUUCCGUGAUUCUGAAAUUCAAGAACCAAGUAAAAUUAUUUAAUUUAUAUAUUGUUUUUAAAUUUCUAGUUUUGCUUUUAUAACGAUUGUUGUAAAUACUGUGUAAAUUUUUGUUAUGUUAUAGAUUAAAUGAGCUAUUGAAUCUAAUGAGACCAUCAUAAGUGUGUGUAUUGAUGUGAAGAAUUUUUGUGCAGUUCAAAGGAAAUGUCUAAUAAGAAUUCACUUGUGAUAGGAAAUAAUACUGCUGGAUUAAAACAAAUCGAUCUGGAUCAAAUAUGGGGCGAUUUAAAUGCUGGAAUCCAGCAAGUAUAUAAUCGGGAGACUAUGCAUAAAUCCCGAUAUAUUCAGUUAUAUACACAUGUUUAUAAUUACUGUACAUCAGUACAUCAACAGGCUAAUGGUCGUGGACCUUCCAACUCCACAACUAAAAGUAAAAAAAAUCCUGUUGGAGGGGGCGCUCAAUUAGUUGGACUGGAAUUAUAUAAAAGGCUGAGAGAAUUUUUACGAAAUUAUUUAGUCUCACUUUUAAGUGAUGGAAUGCACCGAAUGGAUGAAGACGUUCUUAAAUUCUAUACCAAUCAAUGGGAAGAUUAUCAGUUCUGCAGUAAGGUACUUGAUGGUGUAUGUGCCUACUUAAAUAGACAUUGGGUAAAAAGAGAAUGCGAAGAAGGUAGAAAGGGUAUAUAUGAAAUAUAUCAACUUGCACUUGUUACUUGGAGGGAUCACCUUUUCAAACAACUGAAUAAAGCGGUACGUGUUACUAAUGCUGUUUUGAAGCUAAUAGAAAAGGAAAGGAAUGGAGAGACAAUAAACACACGUCUAGUAUCAGGCGUCAUAAAUUGUUAUGUUGAGCUUGGCCUUAAUGAAGAGGAGCCUGGUGCGAAAGGGCCCAAUCUAAGUGUGUACAAAGAUAGCUUUGAAAAUGUCUUUCUUGAAGAUACCGAACGUUUCUACACUAGAGAAAGCACCACAUUUCUGGCUGAAAACCCCGUCACAGAAUACAUGAAAAGGGCUGAACAAAGACUUCUUGAGGAACAGAAGAGGGUACAAGUGUACCUGCAUGAGACUACCAGUGAACGUCUGGCUAAAACCUGCGAACGUGUCUUGAUUCAAAAACAUCUCGAAUUGUUCCAUUCUGAAUUUCAGCAGCUGCUAGAUGCCGAUAAAGACGCCGACUUAGGACGAAUGUACAGUUUAGUGGCCAGGAUUCCGGACGGCCUUGGUGAAUUAAGGACAUUGCUUGAACAGCACAUCGCAUCACAGGGAUUGUCAGCUAUAGAGAAAUGUGGUGAAAGUGCACAUAAUGAUCCAAAGGUAUAUGUAAAUACAAUAUUAGAAGUCCAUAAGAAAUACAACGCGUUGGUUCUGGUGGCGUUCAACAAUGAUAGUGGUUUUGUGGCAGCUCUGGACAAAGCCUGCGGUAGGUUCAUAAACGCUAACGCUGUCACAAAACAAGCGAAUUCGAGCAGUAAGUCGCCUGAACUGCUUGCCAAGUACUGUGAUCUAUUACUGAAGAAAUCAAACAAAAAUGCUGAAGAAGCUGAACUGGAGGAUACUUUGAAUCAAGUCAUGGUUGUAUUUAAGUACAUUGAAGAUAAAGACGUUUUCCAAAAGUUCUACAGCAAAAUGUUAGCUAAACGACUUGUGCAACAUAUGUCAGCCAGUGAUGAUGCUGAGGCUUCUAUGAUCUCAAAACUUAAGCAGGCUUGCGGAUUUGAGUACACCUCGAAAUUGCAAAGGAUGUUCCAGGACAUUGGUGUAUCAAAGGACUUGAAUGAACAGUUUAGGAAUCACCUAGUUAAAUCAAACGAAUCUUUAGGAAUAGACUUUAGUAUUCAAGUAUUAUCAUCAGGUUCCUGGCCUUUUCAACAAUCGUUCACAUUUGGACUGCCCUCAGAGUUGGAACGUAGCGUACAUAGGUUUACAAAUUUUUACUCAGGACAGCACUCGGGUAGGAAGUUAAAUUGGCUUUACAACAUGUCGAAAGGUGAACUGAACACAAAUUGUUUUAAAAAUAGAUACACACUGCAGGCCAGUACCUUCCAAAUGGCCGUUCUCUUACAAUUCAACGUAUCUGACACAUGGACAAUAGCUCAACUUGAGGAAAAUACUCAAAUCAAAACAGAUUUUCUAAUACAGGUCCUUCAAAUUCUACUUAAAGCUAAACUGCUUACGUGCGAAGACGACGAAAAUGAUCUUAGUCCAAAUUCUGUUAUAAGUCUACAUUUAGGAUUUAAAAAUAAAAAGCUACGAGUUAAUAUAAACGUACCGAUGAAGACAGAACUUAAGAUGGAACAAGAGACUACCCACAAACACAUAGAAGAGGACAGAAAGUUAUUAAUCCAAGCCGCUAUUGUCCGAAUUAUGAAAAUGAGAAAAGUCCUUAAGCAUCAACAACUGGUGGCUGAAGUUUUAAAUCAACUUUCAUCGAGGUUUAAACCAAGGGUUCACAUUAUAAAGAAAUGUAUAGAUAUUCUAAUUGAAAAAGAAUACCUUGAAAGGACUGAAGGACAGAAAGACACCUACAGCUAUCUGGCAUGAUUCAAAUCCAGUGUGGCGUUAUAAAAUAAUUUAUUUUUGACUAAAAAGAAGUUCUGUGACUGUGGAAAUGUGGCAUGUAUAAUUGUAAAUAUCUAGGAUUGUAUUUUGAAUCUUUAAUUAAAAGCUACUAAAUAAACAAUUACAUAUAUCUAUGUUUUGA